AAAUCUAAUUUCAAAGGUCAGAACAUGCUCUCACCUGGGUGUUCCCAGCCUUUUAUAGAGUGGUUGAAGGCCAUUUCCUAAAAUUAGCUGCUGCAGGGGAAAGCUGAGACUGGCUCCAUAUCAGAGCCUUUCCAAAGCUCUGGAUGAUCAUUGACUUGAUUACUCCUAUUGAAGCUCAUGGGAAAAAGGUAGAAAAUGGAAGAAAACCAGAACCUGAUGCUGCUUCUUAACAAAUCAUGUGGGUUUUGGGACAGAAUUCAUCUUCUUGGUUGUUUUUGGAGGUGUUUUUUUUGUUUUCCUGAAGCUUUUUCAGGCAGGCCAGUGGUCCUGCCUUUAGAAUCAGACUUAUUUUUGUUUUCCUCAAACUUCCUGGUGAUCCAAACAUGCUGGGGAGCUCUGGGAAGGGGAACAUGUGACUCUGAAGGAGGCUGAAAUGGUAAAACACAGUCAGAUCUGCUAAGCAACAGCAUUGACACGUUUAAAUAAAUCUGCUGUUGACUAAUAUAGAGUGACAUAUUGAGAGCAAUUAAAAAAAAAAAAAAAGGGAAACUAGGCACAAAUUUGGGAAAUGAGUGGAAUGGGAACAGAACAAAGAUGUUAGAGAGGACGCUGGAUAAAAGAGAGGGAGGGCUGCUCCACAAAAGGAGUGUUCUGGAGAACCAGGGUGUCCAUCAGGAAGGGGGAGACAAUAGCAGAAGUGCAGAUUUGUGCUGGAAUUAUCCCUUGGCAGUAGGAUCCUUGUAUUUCUGCUUCCCUGCCAACUCUGCUGGCUGCCAGGAUUAAAAAGAUUUGUACUGCCUGGUGCAGAGAGGAGCAUGUGAUGGGAUGUCAGGCAGCUUGGAGGAGGAAUGGCAGAGCUUCAUCCUCCCAGCAGCGAUGAGAGAGACUGACAGUGCUACGAGUCCCUUCUGGCCCCGUCUGCACAGCGGCUGCUGCCUCUGCAUAUUCAUGGGAUGGUAAUGCAGGAUGUCGGCAGCAGCGGUAGAGUUUGGCUCGGUCCCACCGUGUUUUUCUCCUGCCGGUUGCGACUCUGAAUCACCAUGACAACGCUGUGACACUUCCAGCAAAGGUUGCCCGCGGACCGAGGGUGGGCUGGGGGUGGGCGAGAAGGUCAAUGACCGAGUCUAACGGGUUCAGAAGUUGCGCCUGCAGCAAAACGACCGUGGAAGAGCCGCUGGCACGGCAAGAAGAUGAAAUUCCCCUUCCAUUGGCUUCUUGUUGAGCAGGCACAAUAACAUUUCCCUUCGAGAGACUUGCUGUAAAAACUCUUUUGGUUAUGGCUACUGAUCCAACGUGAUUGCGCGCGCGGCGACUUCGGAACUCAUGACUGGCUAUACGAUGUUGCGCAAUGGGGGAGUGGGGAACGGAGGCCAGCCGUGGGUGUUGAGGUGGUCCAGUCGGAUCCGGCUCACCUGGCUUAGCUUCACCCUCUUCGUCAUCCUCGUUUUCUUCCCCCUCAUUGCCCAUUACUACCUGACCACCAUCGACGACGCGGACGAUGCCGGCAAGCGCAUCUUCGGCCCCCGCACCGGCAACGAGCUGUGCGAGGUGAAGCACGUGCAGGACCUGUGCCGCAUCCGCGAGUCGGUCAGCGAGGAGCUGCUCCAGCUCGAGGCCAAGCGGCAGGAGCUCAACAGCGAGAUCGCCAAGCUCAACUUGAAGAUCGAGGCCUGCAAGAAGAGCAUUGAAAAUGCCAAGCAGGACCUGCUGCAGCUGAAGAACGUCAUCAGUCAGACUGAGCAUUCCUACAAAGAGCUGAUGGCUCAGAACCAGCCCAAGCUCUCCUUGCCCAUCCGGCUGCUGCCAGACAAGGACGAUGCGACCUUCCCCCUGCCAAAAUCCAACAGGAACUGCAGGCUGCACAACUGCUUUGACUACUCACGCUGCCCGCUGACGUCUGGCUUUCCAGUCUAUGUCUACAACAGUGACGAUUACCCUUUUGGUAGCUCCUUAGACCCUUUAAUUAAACAGGCCUUUGAGGCGACUGUCAGAACUAAUGUUUAUGUUACUGAAAAUGCAAAUAUUGCUUGUGUGUAUAUAAUUUUACUGGGGGAAAUGCAAGAGCCCGUAAUGCCAAAACCUACUGAACUAGAGCAACAGUUGCACUCUUUGCCAUAUUGGAGGACUGAUGGACACAACCAUCUCAUCAUCAAUCUAUCGAGGAAGUCGGAAACUCAGAACUUCAUUUACAACAUCAGCACGGGGCGCGCCAUGAUCGCCCAGUCCACCUUUUACGACGCCCAGUAUCGGCCGGGCUUCGACAUCGUGGUAUCGCCUCUGGUCCACGCCAUGUCCGAGCCCAACUUCCUAGAGAUCCCGCCCCAGGUGCCGGUCAAGCGUAAGUACCUGUUCAGUUUCCAGGGGGAGAAGAUCGAGUCUCUCCGCUCCAGCUUGCAGGAGGUUCGCUCUUUCGAAGAGGAGAUCGAAGGCAACGCCCCGGCCGACUACGACGACCGGAUCAUCACCACCUUGAAGGCUGUUCAGGACAGCAAGCUGGACUUUGUUCUGGUGGAGUUCACGUGUAAGAACCAGCCUAAGGCGAGUCUGCCCACUGAGUGGGCUCUGUGUGGAGAAAGGGACGACAGACUAGAGCUACUGAAGCUUUCUACUUUUGCACUGAUCAUCACCCCCGGGGACACCCAUUUAGUGAUCUCCGCCGGGUGUACCAUGAGACUGUUUGAGGCUCUGGAAGUCGGGGCCAUCCCGGUGGUUCUCGGAGAGCAAGUUCAGCUACCCUACAACGAUGUGAUCCGGUGGAACGAGGCAGCCUUAAUUAUACCAAAGCCACGUAUCACAGAAGUGCACUUUCUUCUGAGAAGCAUUUCUGACAACGAUCUCCUUGCCAUGAGGAGGCAGGGCCGCUUCUUGUGGGAGACCUACUUCUCCACCUCCGACAACGUCUUCAGCACAGUCUUAGCUAUCAUAAGGACUCGAAUCCAAAUCCCGGCUGCUCCUAUCCGAGAAGAACCUGCCGUGGAGAUCCCCCACCGCUCUGGCAAAGCUGCUGGUACAGACCCCAACAUGGCAGACAAUGGUGACCUGGACUUGGGGCCUGUGGAAACAGAGCCACCCUACGCCUCCCCCAAAUAUCUCCGCAAUUUCACCCUCACCGCAAUGGAUAUCUAUAGGAAUUGGAAUUCUGCCCCGGGGCCUUUCCACCUCUUCCCCUACACUCCCUUUGACCCCGUCUUACCGUCAGAAGCAAAAUUUUUGGGGUCUGGGACUGGAUUUCGACCAAUUGGUGGAGGAGCAGGUGGCUCUGGGAAGGAGUUCCAGGCUGCUUUGGGUGGCAACGUCCCGCGGGAGCAGUUCACGGUGGUGAUGUUGACUUACGAGCGGGAGGAAGUCUUGAUGAACUCCCUAGAAAGGCUCAAUGGUCUCCCCUACUUAAAUAAAGUCGUGGUGGUGUGGAACUCUCCCAAGCUUCCCUCCGAGGAUCUCUUGUGGCCGGACAUUGGCGUCCCAAUCAUGGUGGUGCGCACGGAGAAGAACAGCCUCAACAACCGCUUCCUGCCCUGGGACGAGAUCGACACCGAGGCCAUCCUGUCCAUCGACGACGACGCUCACCUGCGCCACGACGAGAUCAUGUUCGGCUUCCGGGUGUGGAGAGAGGCCAGGGAUCGCAUCGUGGGCUUCCCGGGGCGCUACCACGCCUGGGACAUCCCCCACCAGUCCUGGCUCUACAACUCCAACUACUCCUGCGAGCUCUCCAUGGUGCUCACUGGUGCUGCCUUCUUCCACAAGUACUACGCGUACCUGUACUCCUACGUGAUGCCCCAGGCCAUCCGGGACAUGGUGGACGAGUACAUCAACUGUGAGGACAUCGCCAUGAACUUCCUGGUGUCCCACCUGACCAGGAAACCUCCCAUCAAGGUGACCUCCCGCUGGACCUUCCGCUGCCCCGGCUGCCCCCAGGCGCUUUCCCACGACGAUUCCCACUUCCACGAGCGGCACAAGUGCAUCAACUUCUUCGUGAAGGUGUACGGGUACAUGCCCCUGCUCUACACCCAGUUCCGCGUCGACUCGGUCCUCUUCAAGACCCGCCUGCCCCACGACAAGACCAAGUGCUUCAAGUUCAUCUAGGGACGGGAGCGGCUGGAGGCGGGAGAGGCCGUGGGGGGCUGUGAGUGCAGAACGCCCUCAGCUGUGGCAAACGGGACAGACGGGAUUGGGACGGGCUUUUCCCCCCUUCCCUGAGUCCCAGGGCGGCUCACCCAGACAGGGAAUGGGAUCCCUGAGCUCCUGUGAGGACACAGCCACGGAUUGUACACUGAGCAAUGGCUGGCUGGCCACUGGCUCUGCCCCUUCGCUAGCCAAGGGCAGCCGUUCUUUUUAAUUAUAAUUAUUGUUAUUUAAAAUGAAAGUGUUUUAGAUUUGCCGCCUGAGGCGCUUUUUUGUUUUGUUUUGUUUUGUUUUCCCUCCCCUCUCCCCACCCCGUUUCCCCCUCUGGAGCCUCCAGCCCACCCAGGGGACGGUAGCAAGGCCAGGUUGGAGGUGUUUGGGUGCAGCUGUGGGGCAGCUCCUGUCCCCACUGCCGUCCCCAUCCAUCCUCCCGUGGCACAGCCCUUCCCACCCACCAGAUCCGGGCUUCUCUUGCCCGGUGGCGACUACUGAGGCCUCUCAGGUGUCACCUGGUGAGGAGCCCUUUGCUCUGCUUUGCUCUGCUCCCCACCCUGAGCCCCUGGAGAGGGCUGGGGUUGGCCUGGCUGGUCCUUGUGGCUCCAGCUCUGCCCCCACGCCGUUCCCGUGCAGUUGCUGCUGUCUCAGUGUCUUUUCCCACCUUGUCCUGCUGAUCCUCUCAAGACAGGGAGCGUGUUUGGGGCUUAGGGAAGAUCCAGCUGCAGCACAGCCAGGGCUGGGGGUGCUGCAGGCUCCUGGAGGCUCUGACCCUUCUCUGUGCUCAGCAUGGGCGUGCCAGAGCUGCAGUUCCCCCCUGCCUCGUCCCCAUCCUGGAGCACACCGUGCCCAUGUUGGGUCUGCCGUGGGCCUCAGCCCAGCUGCCUUAACCCCAGCCCAUCCUCAUGGCCUGGCUUUGGGCUUAACCCCAGCCCAUCCUCACGGCCUGACUUUGGGCUUAACCCCAGCCCAUCCUCGGCCUGGCUUUGGGCUUAACCCCAGCCCAUCCUCGGCCUGGCUUUGGGCUUAACCCCAGCCCAUCCUCGGCCUGGCUUUGGGCUUAACCCCAGCCCAUCCUCAGCCUGGCUUUGGGCUGUGUCCGAGGCUUAGUCCCAGCAGGAGCUUCCCAGCGUGUGAUGCUGCUGGGAUCACGUUCCCAGGUGGGAAGGUGACACUCGUGUGGUCACUCGAUGUCCCUGGUUCUCCUGGAUGUCACCGCUGGCGUGUCUCUGGUGUGUGGGAGCAGGGAUGGUCCAGCAGCAGCUCCUGGGCUCAUUCCCAAGGUUAGCCCUGACCAGACUCACGUUUUGGGGCCUCUCCAGGUUUUCCUGUCCGUGCUGACACUCCCUCUGUGGGGAGGGAAGGAGCAGCCCGUUCCCAGCAGAGCCCAUGGCUCGUGCCUUCACCAGCACCACUGACCACAGCAAAACACGCAUCAAGGAGUCUUUUCCUGGAUUUUUUCCCCCUUUCCAUUCCCUUUUUGUUUUAACAUCAGAUGCCCAGAACGAAGCACGUGAAUUCUCACAGUCUCCUUAAAAAUGCCACAGGAGACUCCUGGGAGGCUCUGGAACACCUGGAAGGAUUCUCUGCCCCUGCCCAGGGUGGAAAUGUGGCACUUGUCAGGAGCUGUGUCAGCUCCAGCAUUCCUGAGGGUCCUGAGCUCCUCUUCCAUGGCUUUAAUUCCGCCCUCAUUAGUGGGGCUCGUUAGCCUGGGAAUUCUGCUUUUCCUUGCUGAGUUUCGAUUCAAGGCCAGUUGAAGUCGGGGAUCAGCAGGACAAAUCCAGCUGUUCUUCCUCCCAGCUCUUUGGCCUUUCCCCAAGCUGGUUUUAUUUGCUGGGAGGGUUCCCCUGUCCACUGUGCUGGAGCAAGGACAGGAUGUGCAGGGGGAUCUCUCUGCGUGUCGUGGGAUGAAUUCCUCCUUGCUGAGCACCCCUAAAGGGGAAAGAUUUGGGGGUGAAGGGGUAAAGAGGCUUUUCCUGGGAGAUACCUGGGCAGCAGCAGCAUUGGGAGGGAUGGAAUUCUGUGGGGAAAUGAAAUGCCAGCAGGAACACCUUCCCCACCCACCCACAGGGCUGUGCUGCCCCUCCCGGUCCUACUGCUGCAGCUCUUUCCCAAAUCACCCCAAACACCACCGAACCCCUGGAGUGCAGGAUUGGGAUUGACAGCCCAGCUUGCUGCUCCUCAGACAUGCCAGCACCUGAGCUGUCCUGAGCCCCUCCAGAGGAGGAGGGGGCUUUUCCAGAGAGUGCUCCUGCCCGUGCUGCCACCCCAACAGCCUUCCUUGCCACCACCCAUCGUUCUCCCGGGAUUUUCAGGGCAUCCCUGGGGCACUCCGAAGCUCAGGUUUGGUUGUGUGAUCCAUCCCAGCUCCACCGCCCCAGCCCUGAGGAGAUGGGAAGGGCUCUCGGCAGCUGCACCUUUUCCCUGUUCCAGAGUUCCUGCUGCUUCCCCCGGGCACGGAGCGAGGCCUUUCCCACUGUAAAUAGCAACGACUGAGGUGACACGGCCCCACCCUGCCCGUGUCACUCCCUCCCCUUGUGCCCUCGGUGCUGUGAGCACCAGGAUUUCAAAUCCAACAGGAACUGAGAGACAAGGAACACUCCUUCGACACGAGCACAAUGUUGAGUUUUUUGUAAAAGGUUCCAAUAAAUGGAGAGUUUAACUUGG